UUGCCUAGGAGGAAAGGGAGACGGAAAAAAUGGGGAAAAUACAAGCGCAAACCCAACACACGACACAGCACAUCUAGCUCUCGCCGCCAGGCCGGCUUCCGCAGCAGCAGCUGCAGCCUCUCGCCGUCACCGGAGAAGGGACAUAGCCGGAGCCAUGGCGCCGGAGCCCGAAGACGACGUCAUGAACGAGAAGAACCGCCGGCCCCUCGACGAGGACGACAUCACCCUCCUCAAGACCUUUGGGCUCGGACCUUACUCGAUCAACAACAUCAUGAAGGUUGAGAAGGAAAUCAAGGAGAAGGCAAAGAAGAUGAAUGACCUUUUAGGGAUAAAGGAGUCUGAUACUGGGUUGGCUCCACCAAGCCAGUGGGAUCCUGUGUCAGGUAAAAAGAUGAUGCAGGAGGAGCAACCAUUGCAGGUCGCUAGUUGUAUGAAGAUCAUAAGUUCCAAUACUGAUGAUGCCAAGUAUGUCAUCCAUACAAAACAAAUCGCAAAGGUUUACUUUGGGGGACAUUGCAGUCUGCCCGUUUCUGGGGAUAAAGUUUUCCCCAUUGAUAUUGAGGAAGGAAUACGAUCUGGUCAAUUCGUUGGUCAUGGGCGGGCAGUGGGCACAAACGAGGAAUGAGCUCAUAAUAAAGAUAAUUAAUUAGUUGCACGCAAAUGAAGCGGUCGAUGGCGGCUCGAUGCGCAUGUGCAGAAUAUCAUACACAUACCACGUUCAAAUUUUUGUUAAAUAUUAGCUUUGGCUCAAAAUAUUUUUGAAAUUGAUUGAGUGAAAUUAAUAUUCACAUCUAUAAUUAACAGGAGACAUAAUUCACAACAAUCAAAGAUGUGAUGGUUCUCACAUCUCCUUCUGGUUCGAUCUCUGUCUUCCAGACGGCAGGCUAUGGUUGCUAUUCCCAACAUUA